AUGGUGGCAAACAUGACUUCUUCGGAAACCAAAUCAUUGGGCGGCAGCACCGUUAUAUCCCAAGACCCACCGUCAAGGGGCUCGGAUUCCGCGGGCUGGCAGGGAGUUGAUCUCGCCCACUCACGAUUAUAUCACAUCUAUCAUACGCCCAUCCGGUAUGAUUACCGCGUCUCGGAUGCCGAUAAGAACCACCUCUACCAUGUCUACAACUCGCAACUGACGCCGCACAAGGCGGAUCUCACGGUCCAUACCGGCGAAGACAGCAACGCGCCAGUAGCAGGUGUAUGCAAGUUCCUUCACUUCUCGCGACAUUGCAAAAUCGGCUUGGGAGACCCGCAACAGGCCGGGACCAUUGUCUGGGAGGAUCUUCAUUGCCAGAACCUCACCAUGACCAAGUACCGGUGGCCGAUGUCUGUGCCUCUGGCGGAUGGUAGAACUGAGCGCCGGUGGUUUCUCUGGAAGAGAACUCACUCAGUUGGAGCCGAUGGGGACUCGCCGUCUACUUUCAGCUCUCGUAACUACAAGCUCGAGGACGAGCUGACGGGGCAGAUCGUGGCAGUCUUCACCAGCAGCAGCUAUAAGAGCAUGCGAAAGAAUGGCAAGCUUCAGGUGGCAGCUGGUUAUGGACCUGACUUUGACCUGAUGGUUCUUAUCACAUCGCUGGCAAUGUACGAGAAAACUCGACGCAGCCGGGGCAAGGCUGGGGGAGGAGGCGGCGGCGGCGGCGGAGGCUGAAAGAAUAUCAAGAACGUCUACGAUUUUCCUUUGUUUCUAUUCCUGCAUUGGCUGUACCCUUAUGGUGGUUCUAUCAAUGCUUUUAAUCUCUAGAAAUGAACUAUGUUGCGCCGUUGUUUUGCAUGAGAUGAGUAGUUCGCUAAGAAAUGAUGCAGCCUAGUCUGGUCCCCAGCCUUGGCUAUAUUAACUCCCACUAACCCGAUCCUUCGCAAAGCUCUGAUCUAU